AUUAGCAUGUUGUGAUGGCACUGAGUCACUAUGCGAAGAAGUUUGCAGUGCCAACGAUAGCACACGCUCCCUCCUAUCCAGUACAGGCAGUGAGCCACAGGGAGAGAAUCUGCAGACUAUAUAAGCGCCUGUAUAGAAUGAAGGAAGCACAGCAGAGUCUUACCACCAGACCCAACUUCCUUAUUUGGAGGACUCUCCUCAGGCAUCAGUUCGAUGUCAAUAAGGACAUCAAAGACGAAAGAGAAGUUAGCCGAUUGGUGGAGUUUGCCGAACAGGAGCUGAAACGUCUGCACGUGGACUUUGUGUACAAGUUCCCCGACUCGCCCGGAGGAGUGUGUUGGGACAGGUACGACCACUACCCCAGGGAGGAACACUUGGAGGGGUGGAGUGACAUGGAGAAGGCUCAGUUCCCUGACUACUUUGCCAAACGCCAGCAGAGACUCAUUGAACAGCGCGAGUGGGCCAAGGGGAAAAUGAAAGAGUAUGACUCAUACUUUGAACAGUGGAAGAAAGAGAACCCUGAUCUCUACCAAGACUACAAGUGGAUGUUCGAACCAGAGAAGCGAUACGUCACAGACCACUACCACCUCGAGGACCACUACUGAGGUGUGUGAGGUCAUCCCAGUAGUAUAUGAUGACAUCAUCUGAUAGUGACAUUGUGAAGUCACUAUACUUGGGAUGCCAUAACACAAAAACCGCAAAGGAACUUUGAAUAAAUUGAACUGAACUAGACUUAGAACUUAACCUGGUUUAUAUUUUAAUGCAUAGUAGAAAAAAAAAUAAUUGACAAGUCUAUAUGG